AUGCUGCUGAACAAGGCGCGCGGCUUGACCCGCUUCGCCUCGUUCGCCCACUGCCAGCCAUCGACGCUUGCCGCCGCGUCGCAGUUUGAAGCACGAAGUUUCGCGCAUCGCCACCGUGACCGGGGCCACCAGGAAGGUGGCAGCAGCCGGCGAGGGGACGGCAGGGCGAAAUGGUCGUGGAACGCACGGAAUGCUAAGUACGGCGCCCCGUUGCUGGCGUUGUCGUGGAUCGUGACGCUCAAGGAUUUCCUGGGCAUCGAAAAGGUGCAGCUCGACAAGGACCCGAUAAAGGACAAAAUUAAACAGUCUUGGCUCGACAGAAAAUUCGGCAAAUUCGACAGCGCCAUUCAAGUGCUGGAGGUUGUCCUCGAGGAGGUCAAGGAGCGCGGCGAGGAGUUGCCGAUCACACGGGUACUCGACGAGCUCGCCAACACCUACUAUCAAGCCCGCGAUUUUGUGAAAGCCGAGCAGUACUUCAAGCUCGUCAUUGAUCGGCUGGUCCGGCUGCACGAUUUCCGCGACUCGUCCCCCCAAUUCGUCGGCGUCUCGCUGAAGUUGGCCGACAUUUUCGCGAGUCAGGGCCAGCUCGACCACGCCGAGGCCGGCUUCAAGCACUGUUUGCGCAAGCAGAUGCAGGUUCUCGACGAGCAUAUGAAGAAGUAUUCGGUGGCCCACGGUGCCCUCGUCGAGGAUAAGCAUCGGGUGGAAAUGUACGGGGCUGCGUACACGGAUCCGAUUGCCCUCUUCGGGAUGGCGCUCGAGGGAUACGCACAAUUUUUGGUGAACUACCGCGAUGAGGAUCGGCUAAAAGAGGCAGAAGAAUAUAUGGACGAGGUGAUGAAGAUUGCGUAUCAGAUAUACGGCGGUUCAUCCGGGCACGCGCUCAACCUGCUCAACAAUUUCGGGGCCACAUGCAUCCUCAGGAAUCGAUUUGAAUUGGCGAAGAAGUACCUGGAGAUUGGCAUCGACCGAAUACUGCACGUCAACGAGGCCGCCGAGCUGAUUCCGGGGUACUACUGUAACUACGCGGAAGCAUUAUGGCAUACUGGGAAUCAACAGAAGGCGCUCGACUACGCGAAUAAGGCCGUACAACUGAGCAAAGGGGCCGACACCAGGACACAAAAAUAUUGCCAAGAUUUCCAACGUCAACUGCAAAAGGACUUCAACAAGGGCAAAGGAUGGUUCGGCUUC